GGAGCCAGAUGUAACGGUAUCAUCCUUACCUCAGGUCUGCACCCAUUGGUUGAAAUUUUCCAGCAUGGCAGAUAUAACCUUGCGACUAAUUUGGUAUCGACUUGGGGAAACGCGAGGGAAGAUGGCGGAGGCUGCCGGCCAAGCCUGGCAGUGGUACGAAGAUUUUACCUCAGAUCAUAUCUUGGACAUUUUAUUAUUUGGCUUUAUAGGAUGGGCAGGACUAUGUAUGCUUGUUUUGAAAGCCUGGGUUUUAGUUUUCGGUCCAAUACAGUUCAGACAAACGGAAAGAUCAAGAGAAGGAGGUCAAAAGACUUCUGGCCAUACCGGUGAGGGAGAGGGAUUGCUCUGGCUCAACUCCACACUUAACUGGUUCUAUCUUCACUACAAUGUCUUCCCUCAAUUCGUGGAGACUUGGCUUAAGUCACUUAACGAUCAGGCUCAAAAACUUGGGGGGCCAGUACAGAUUAAGUUUGAGGAAGUACAGUCCGGAUCUCUUCCGCCAAAGCUGAGCGAUGUCUAUUCAGAACCAGGAUCCAAAGACAGCAUUAUUGUUCGAUCCCUGGUGGAUUCGAGAGACUUGUCAUUCCGUGUGUUUGCCUCCCAGCAAACCCAUGAGAGUGUUAAGCUGACAAACCUGGUCUGUGUUGUACAGAAACUCAGGGGUGGGAUGAAGGUGAAGCUUCAUGGGUCAGGCCAGGAUAUCAAAGCUGAGGUGUCUUUCGAUGGUCGACCGGACAUAAAGCUGAGCGUCAAGCCUGCCAACCCUGACCAGGAUCAUGAUGACUUGGUGGACCUGGGUGUUGCGGAGGAGGUCCUGCGUAAUACAAUCUGCAUGGCCUCCACAGAAAUUGCUGUUUCUCACUUCUGCAGUCCGCAGAUUUUUUUAGCCCAAAGUCUCCCCGGCCAAACUGAACCUCAUUACAAGCAGAUUCAGGUUCAGGACCAGCUUAGCGCUGUGAAAAAGUCGGAGUUGUUCUCUGCUCCGUCUAAGCCUCCUCGGGCCGCGGGAGACAAAAGCCUCCUGGUGAAGGUCAUCAAAGCCAGUGGAUUGGGAGGAGGGAAGGAUUUUGGCACGAUGCAUCCCCAUUGUUACCUGUUGGUGGAUGGUCCCGACCAGCAGUUCUGUACUAGUACUGCCAAGAACACCGCCAAUCCUUUCUGGGACGAACACUUUCUCUUCCAAGUGUCUCAGCUGACUUCAGGUGUGAGAUUUGAAUUGUUUGAUACAUCAGAUGAUCCAGAAAAUUUCCUGGGCCAGGCUGUUGUGGCCAUUGAAGAACUCCGGAAAACACCCAGCAGCCGUCAGAUUCUUCCUCUUCAGAUGCAACAUGAAGGCGUUGAUUACAUCACAGGAUCUGUCACAGUUGAGUUUCUCUUCAUGGAUCCAAUGGAUGUUGAUGCUGCCCAGCUGGCCAAUCAGAAUGCUACAAAGCGCCGGGUUGAAACAACUCUCAAAUCAACACCAGGUACUGGGGACACUAAUGUAUCAGAAUUAAUCAUGCUUAACGACGAGUCUGUUGCCGAGACAGCCAUUCGUGAACUCCUUGAGAAGUCGCGACGGCCUAGGACCCCCACUAAAACCAGCACACUGAUCAUUACCAGCGUCAAACGGACUGUCGAGAACACAUCCACCGAUGACAGCCUAGAUAUUACUAGCUCCCUAUCGAAUGCCUCCUCCGCUGAAAAAGCACAGAGUGUGGGGACAACCCCAGUCAAAGAGCAGAAGAAAGAGUCAUUUGGUCAGAGGAUAUUAAAACGUUUUUCUCGUAAAAAACGUGCCCGAAGUGCAGAACGUGCUUCACCCCAUUAUCUGGCACCACCUGACCCUAGAUAUAAAGGUUCAAAAAGCACAGACGACAUUGAAAAUGAAAGACUAACCCCACCCUCGUUAAAGAAGUCUCGGUCGCUCGGAGGCAGUUUGAGGAAGCUUUUCCGACGCAGUAAACGAAGCCGAUCUCGCGGUGGAGGAGAGAGUUCAAGGGAAAGUUCAAUAUCCAGGUCGUCUAAGCGAGAUGCGUCACAAGCCUCAUCCAGGGAAAGUUCAUUAAAGCGACAAACAGCCCAGAGAGCUUCCGUCGGAUAACGCCCAUUACUGACGCCCUAGUGAAAACUUACUAAAAUCAUGACUUUUUUAAAUUUGAUUUAAACAUGGUUUAUUUCAUUCAUUUUUCCACUCCCAGUCCAUCUCAAUUUUUAAUCCCCAUUUUGUCCCUGGGUUGAAAAAAAAAAGAAGAAAAAAUAUAAAAGAAAAACUGAAAUUUUCUCUUGUGUGAUAUCUUAGAGGCUGUUGUGUUUGUAUGUGUAUUUAAAAGGUGAAGAAGAGGUAUUUUGUAAGUGUUGUAUGCACGCUGGUUCUUUUGCAGGAUUUCAGUUCAUUUGCACAUGUCCUUUUGUGCUGUAAUGUUAUAACUAUAACAUUUAGAUUCUUUUCUUUUUUUAACAUAUUUAAUUAUUUUUAACUGAAAAUUGUUUUCCUUAUACCUACUGUUAUGUCGAUAUGCGUCAAACUGUUUUGCAGUACCAAACUGAUGAACCAGUUAUUAGUACUGAUAGAUCUUUGUUGAAUUUUUACACGACUGUCUUGUCUAAAAGAGCUGUUCUGUGUAUAACAUUUUAAAAAUGAUUAACAAAUUAAAUUAUGGAUCAGUCUUUCGCAUGUACAAAGAAGCGCUUUCGUCAUUUACAUGUGGCUUUUUUAGUUGAGUGAUGUGCAAGAACUAUUGGGUGAGUGCCAAUAGACACUGUAACAUGUUUUAUAGGCUGGAGUGUUGUAUCUUUCAGACAAAAUUCACUUGAUCAGUUUUGGAGUCCUCCAGAAAUAUUAACAGACUGUAUAACACCAAAUCAACACCACCCGAGUCCUCAUGGUUUGCGCUGCUCUCUGUGCUUUGUAAUGCUGUGCUUAACCAGUUUUCGCGCUUCAAGGGUUAUUUUUCGCUACUUAUUUAAGAACUACAUGUCUUUCCCUGUGUUUAUGCAUUUCCACCAUACAUUAGUCCAGCUACCUGAUGUAGAAGAAAUGCUACAUGGCGAGACAAUUUCUCAAAGACGAGGAACUAUGCCAGUUAUGACCAGUAGCCUUUGCUGAGCAAUAUGGGUUUACAGCUGGCCUGUGGCCAUGGUAACAUGGUAACAUAAAUCAAAACAAAAUCUAUGCUCAGGGUCUUUUAGUCAGACAUUUUUUUUUUCGUUCAAUCUUAAAUGUUCAGACUCUGACAUAUAACCCUGUAAAACACCUAAAAUGUGUAAAAGUUGCAGUAAAGUUGAAAAUACAUGGAUUGUGUUCGACUACAUGCCAGAUACGUAGGAUAUCUGGUGUUUCGAAUAAAGCAGUCUAUGUGGGAUUGAGUGAUUUUCUCUUUUGCACAUUUGUUGUUGUUGUUGUGGAAUAAGACCUGUGAUUGGAUGAAUCAGAGUUGUUAACUGUUGGACACAAUACUUGUCGGCCAUUUUUUUUUUUUUUUUUUUACCAAAUAUUUGUUUUGGCUUUUCCUCUUGUAGUUAAAAUGUAUCUUUUACAACAUAGCCCUUUUCUGGUCUGAAUUACACAAAGUAAAAAGAAAAUAAAAUAUCUGUUUGUACAGAAACAA